AUGGAGUAUGACACUCAACUACAAGAACAAUUGCUGAAGAAGAUUGAAGAGCUUGACGUUGAAGAUGCCAACCUGAGAGAUGAAAUGGCUAAAUUAGCCUGUUACGGAGCCAGUUCCGGCAUUGGCGUUGAUUUUGGAAUUAAAAAUAUAGAUUGCAGUAACCAGUCUCCAUUAGAUUCAGCUCAACGACCCGGACCAACCAGUUCAUGUAGAGAGAUUGGUUGGAGUCAUGGCGAAACGCUGCCAACAUGGAAAAUUGGUUCCGCUUCAUCCAAACAUAUAGAGAGAAGUAUCCUUGACUCGUACAAUAUCUUGCAGUCAAUUGGUCAGGCAAUUCAUAUUGUUGAUGACAAAAAUCUGAUAAUUUACUGGAAUCGAGCUGCUGAAGGCUUGUAUGGUUAUUCUGCAUCAGAAGCCAUUGGUCGUAAUAGUCUUCACCUGAUUGUUGACGAGCAGGACUAUAAAGAUGGAUGCGAAAUUAUUCAUAGAACUUUCAUGGGGGAAAGCUGGACAGGGGUGUUCCCCGUCAUUAAUAAACAAGGAAGACGAUUUCGAGUUAUUGUAACUACUGGUCAGCCCUUCCACGAAACUCGAACUACGUUUACUUCUACAAGAAAUCCUUCAAAGGAAGCUGCAUAUCGUCAGCCAUCUAAAAGUUGUGCACCUGCAACUACUGGUCUUAACUCCCAGCAGAAGCCGCUCCAAGUUACAAUUCCUUCCAAGCUGCUUAAUCUGGACUGCCAUAUGAAUCAGACAUCAAGAACGGCUAAAUUUGUACGGUCGGUAAAAGCCAUUAAAUAUGACAUCCGAGGUGGGAAAAAACAGUAUGUUGAACGGCAAGUUUCCUUAGAAACCGUUGUCUCUGACCCGAGAGAGCAUGCCCAAGAGAAAAUGUAUCAGGAAAGACUUUUAGGAGAUCUUGGUGAGAAGGACGAAAGUAUGAUCGGAGUCUGCAAAAUG